AUGCCCGGCGAGGAUCGAAUUCACGCCUUAAGAUUUAUGAGACUUACGCGCUGCCUGGAACUGCGCUACGAAAGCAACCUGCUGUUUCUCACCUAUAUCCAUGCUCAUGAGGCGAAGCCAGUUGAAGUCCUGCAGACGCCCACCCCGACGCAGAGAUCUCCCAGAAUUGCUGGAAUAAUGGAUGGGACGACGAGUGAGGGCCAGAUUCGUGAUGAUGACGUGAAGGAGGACGGCAAAGAUGAGAAGGGGUGCGCGGAGGCGGACGCGCCGGCGAGCCAGCCGCUGGCCCCUGCCGUCCCCAGCGACGGCGCAGCUGCCGGCGCCGGCGCCGACCUCAAGGCGAAGCAGCGCGGCGUCUCGCGCAUGUACGGGCUGCUCUCCUUCAACGAGGCGCCCACCUACCUGCAGUUCAACCCCUACAUCAAGUCCGGCUACCGCGGCUACCUCACCACGCGAAUGUGCCUCGAAAGCAUUUUUUGGUGGACAAAUGAAACUAUCAACAUAUGGAGUCACAUAUUUGGAUGGAUGCUCUUCCUUGGUCUGACAUUGUAUGACUUGGUAUUGCUCAACAUUCAUGCUUCCGCAUUGGAUAAAUUUAUUGUUGGAGUAUUGCUCUUCUGUUUUCAAGUAUGCAUGAUUUUGUCAUCUCUAUACCACACAUUCUCAUGCCGGUCAGAGAAAGACUAUGUAUGCUUUCUGUCAUUUGACCUUUUUGGUAUUGCAUUGAGUCUCCUGGCUAUCUACAUGUCUGGUGUUUAUUAUGCAUUUUGGUGUCACAAGAAUUGGCAAACAUUCUACUUGGUGACUGUAGCUCUCAUAUUUGCAGCUGCUAUGAUAAUUCAAAUACCUAAAUUUGGAAUUGAUGCUCAUGUAAAAAUGCUUGUGUUUGUAUCAUGGGCAGCUUAUGGAGUUGUUCCAACUUUCCAUUGGACAGUCAUUAUGGGUGGUCUUGCAAAUCCAGUUGUUGAGAUGCUCUUGCCUCGAGUUCUUGGCAUGUAUUUUAUCAGUGGGUUGGCUUUCCUAAUAUACAUUACUAAAGUGCCUGAGAGAUUUUUCUCUGGUCGUGUUGAUUACAUUGGAUCAUCACAUCAGUGGUGGCAUCUUUUUGUUGUCAUAGCAUUGUACUAUUGGCAUAACACCGGCCUCAAAUACGUUGAAUUUAGGAUGAAUCAUGGUUGUAUAAAUGAAAUGAGGCUAUGACAUCUGCAUUACUCAUAGAAGAAACUUUCAUUUGUUAAUUAUGCUCUUCCAUGUCUUGUCAUGCUCCUUACUAUCAAAGAAAGUGAGGAAAUGUGCAAAGUGUUUGCGUGUUGGCAAUGGUGCUUUGGCCAGUGAUAUGUGAUGGUGAUUUGAAACUGAAUGGUUUUAAUGCAAUUGAUGUGCAAUGCAAGCUGUUGGAUUUCACAAUAUUUAUUUUAUAGUUAAUAGAUCAACAGUAUUUAUCUACACUAAAUAUAUAAUAUGCAUCCUUUGGAGCAAACAUUCAUACUAUUGACAAAGAAAUACCUGACAAUAACUAUGUGUUAAAGGGAAAUACUGUAGUGUUACUGAUUCUAGGUUGAAUAUUUCAACAAAGUUCUGCCACACAUUGCAGAAGAAGUAGCAGUACCUAAUAUAUGGUAUAGGUAUCAGAUUUUAAAAUCUUACUUCAUAUUUCAUCUGGAUCUCGCAUGACAUUUGUUUCUUACUUCUAACUGAAAUUUUCCACUUAUAAUGAAUUAUAUGUUGAAUUCCACUUACCAUUCCAUGGUUAAGUUGUGAUGUUUCAGAAAGAUCUGAUCCUUAAUUUCUGCUUAUAUAUUAAUUUACACAUUCAGAGGGAUGUCUUAACUGUGAUUAGUAUAUUCAAUACUAAUAUUUAUUUUGUUCCUGUGUUUGAAUUAUUACUUAGUUAUUUAAGUUGUAUUCAUACAAUUUUUAGGAUUUAUUUUUUCAAGUCAAAAAUCAUCUGAUAGAAAUAAAAAUAUACAAGUGUGUGGUUACACAAACAUACUUUAAGAUAGAUUAAAUUUUCAAAUUUACCCUGAAUCUGCAUCCCUAAUAUUGGCCUUUCUGAUAUCAAAUGUCCUGAACAUCAUGGAUAUUGCAGGAAUUUUGGUUGAACUUUGAUACAUCAUAGCUAUGCUAAGACGUACUAAGAAAUGUGAGACGUGGAAUGUUUAUCAGAAAUGUGUGGAAACAUGUAGAUGAGAGUGUCAGAUUGAGAUUCACUGCUUUGUGUGCGCAAAUAUUUUGUAUUCCACAGCAAAGCCUUGUGUAGAUGUUAAGUUUUAAGAUAGAUUUAUGAAAUGUUAGGGGAUGUAGAUACCAACUGUAUUCUCAAUUCCUCUUCUUAACUCUUGAAUGUGUUCAAGAGAACACUGUGAUAUGUUAUUUGGUUGUUUUAGUAUACAAAUUUAAAUAAAAUGUUUUUACUAUAUAUAUUGUGUCAAUUUACUGUACUUUAAAAUACAAAAUCAUCUUUAUUUUUGCAAAUGCUCAGAAGAAAUCUGCCAAGAUGUUUUGAAGACAAGAAAAAAGUUAUAAGCCAUUGGCUACGAAUGUCUUCAGGCCUAAUUGAUUGUCCUUGAGAUGUUCAACAUUGAUUUCUUGUGCAUUUAAAUGAGGAUUAAACAUCAGUGGGGCUUAGAUAUUUACACAGAAUAAAAUACCCAAAAAUAUGCAGAAAAAUGUGAAAAAUAUGCAUUAACUUUACUUCACAUUACAGAAUAAAAACACAACAGUAACAUACACCCAACCAAUCCCAAGCUCAAGACAAAAGGGAGAUGGGAAGUCAUUGAUUCUACAAAAUCAGGUAUUCCAAGAAUACGAUUUGAGGGAGCUCCUCAGUCUGUGAAGUAGGAAACAAUUCUGUGAUUUUAGGCUUCCAUUUGUAUUCAGUACUGCAAGUAUCUUAGAUUUUCUUAAAUUGGUUGAAUCUGUGGCACUAUGUAGCUUCCUGUAUUUCCGUUUUCCACUAUGUAGCUUAGUGUAACUCUGAUAUAUUUGAUUAUGUUAUUUGUAAAUAUUGUAAAUUUAAAGAUUUUUCAAGUUAU